AUGGGACGACUACUCUGUCUGCCGCAAGGCAACAACGGCCGCCUGAUGAGCCUCUACCUGCUUCUCCAGGGAGGCAUAUUUGCCACCAUCGUCAGCGUCUACACUCCAUCGAUGACCAGUUCUGACUCUGCUAGGAACAGACUCUACGGGGACCUGCACAUGCUCCAGCCGACUGUGCCGAAGGCGGACAAGUUAAUCAUCCAUGGUGACUUCAAUGCCCGCGUCAGCACAGACCAUGUUGCCUUGAGAGGAGUGCUGGGUCCCAUGGUCUCAACGGCUACAACGAUAAUGGCCUGCUCCUUCUAUGCACCUGCACAGAACACCGACUCAUCCUGA